CAGCUCCUGUGUCUCUACACUCGCUGAGACUCUGUCUUCUAGGUGAUCGCUACUGGUCGUAUCUCCACUGCGCGGUAUUGUCUGCAACAGAAUAUGCACAGCGCAUGAUAUGCGCAGUGCAUGCUAUGCACAGUGGAAAAUGCACGAUAUGCACACCCAAAAAUAUACGCAGAAUAUGCGCAGCGCACGAUAUGCGCAAGUGCGGGCUAUGCACAGUCGAAAGAUGCAUGAUAUGCACCACAGGAAAGGCGCAGAACAUGCGCAAGUGCAGGAUAUGUGCAGGUGCAGCCUAUGCACGGUUGCAAAAUGCACGAUAUGCACGACAGGGAGGGCGCAGAAUAUGUGCAGCGCAGGCUAUGCACAAGUGCAGGCUAUGCACAGUCGAAAGAUGCACAAUAUGCAUGCUGGAAAAUGUGCAGGCUAUGCACCGUCGAAAAUGCACGAUAUGCAGUCGAAAUAUGCACGAUAUGCACGCCGUAAAAACGCAGGAUAUGCGCAGUGCAGGCUAUGCGCCGUCUAAAAAUGCACAGAGUGCAGGGCAGGAACAUGCAUGAUAUGCACAGAAGCAAACACACUGGAGAUGCGCAGCAGAGAUCAUGCAAAAUAUGCAGAACAGUUACAACUCACUAAAUUCGAAGUAAUUAUUGACGCUAUGCGGCCCAGGCCAGCGGCUGGGUCAAGACCAACGGUCCAGAAUGAGCUGAGACCAUAGAAUGUCCCUGCAGCGUUGUUAGACAACGCCAGGAACCCAAAAGAACGAAAAUAUGCGAUAAUAUCGCACCAAGUGCGAUUAAAUCGCAGGAUUUGAGCGCCCAAUGAGAGAGGGAGGGAAACCCAAAUAAGCGUGCAUCUGAAGCGAAGAGGCAUUCACAGCUUGCAGGGUAUGGGGCAGGGAAUUUCGUAGCGACUGGGCGGCCAGAAAUCGAAGGAAUGGACUGGUAUUACUGUCUGGAAGAUCAGGGGGGUCGGCAGCUCGAAGUGGGCGGAAAGGGGAGGGUUCUGAAGGCUGGGGGAUGUAGAUGGGGUCGUUCUAAUGCCAGGAUCGAGUCAACGAGCAGUGUAUAUGUCGAGCUCCAACUGUGAGAAGGGAGGGAACUACUCAGCUUCGUGAAUGGAAUUGGGGUGUACCCCAGAGACACUCUUAUUUAGCAUCCAAAUUCGAGCUUGAGAUGGAUUCCGUAGUGUACAGAGAUUUCUGCAGAUAGUGUCGAGUUCUGGGUGAUAGUCAGUCAUAUAGAAGCAUAAAAGACUGUGUAGAAUGAGCGCAGAAAUGGGAAUUUGUCGAGGAUGAGAUCGCCG